GAGUUGUCAGCAGAAGAAAACGUGUCUGCCUCCAAAAUCGUACCCCUCUUGAAAAUGUUGGAGCAAAUGCUUCAGGAGGAGGUGAUAAAGCCAGCACCUGCAGUGGUAGUCCAGAUGGGAGAGCAGCUCAUCAGGCUACUCCGGGAGAGGCUUUACACUUUGCAGUCGAUGAGCAUCAUGUCCCUUGCAACACUCCUGGACCCCCGAUUUAAGGUCAUAGGAUUCUUCAGUCAGACAAAAGCUGCUGAAGCAAUAAAACGUCUAACCUCUGAGUGUGCCAUCAUUAGACGCUCGGUACACAGCAGAGAGGAAAUCCCCCAGGCUUCUACCUCUCAUGAUGUCACUGGAGGUAGCAAACUGUGGCAUCGUUUGGACGCCAGUGUCAUGGAGGCAAGAAGUUCUCAAAAUGUCACAGCAGAUGCCACUGUGGAGGUUCAGCGCUACCUUGCAGAGCCCAAUAUCAGCAGGCUGGAAAACCCUCUUGAAUACUGGGAGAGGCAAAAAAUGUUGUACCCAAAUUUCUAUAGUCUUGCUCAUUCAUUUUUAUGCACACCAGCAUCAUCCGUACCCUGUGAAAGGGUAUUUUCCAAGGCAGGAGAAGUUGUGUCCAAAAAAAGGAACAGGUUAAAACCCCAAACUGUUGAGAAAAUGUUAUUUCUAAAUAACAAUGAAUAAAAUCUCCCCUGUACAUCAUUGUCCAAGU